AUGGCUCUUUCAGGCGUGCUGGGGAAGAGGGUUACAGCACACAGGGAAGAUGAGGACGACCUGGAAGAUGAUUUUUCAAGUUCUGAAGAAUUGAACUCCCCGAGUGAUGAAGAUGACGAGGGCGAAGAUGGCGAGUCCGAAGAUGAAGAAAUAUCAGACGACACCUCUUCUGAAGCCAAUGGAAAUAAUGAUAUAAAAUCCUCGCUAUCACAAAUAUCCUUUGGAGCUCUCGCAAAAGCUCAGCAAUCUCUAGGACCUCUGAAAAAAGGAGCAAAAAGGAAGCACGGAGAUGAAGACGAAGAAGAAGACGACAACGGAAAUACCAAGUCUAAGAAAUCCAAGUCAGACGCCCUGAAUGAACUCCGCGAGCGAAUCCGAAGAGCGAAAGAGGAAAAAGCUUCCAAGUCAAGCGAAGCGCACCAGGGAGAACCGUCGGACAAAAAACAAAAGGAAGCUCGCUCUUCCAAGCAUGCGCCUGCCGUCCAAUCGAGCAAAUACGCUGUCAGUCGUCGACGAGUAGUUGUUGAUGGAGAAAAUGUUGCACAAGUCAAAUCGAGAGAUCCACGGUUCGACAGCGCAGUUCAAAGUUACAGCCACAGCACCAAAUCGUCAUCUCACUCGACAUCUCAUUCUGACCUAGCAGCGGUCAAGAAUUAUGCAUUCCUGAACGAGUAUCGGGACGCGGAGCUAAAGGAGCUUGAGGACAAACUACGUCGUAGUAAGAAUGAAGAUGAAAAGGUACGGCUGAAAAAGACGAUCACGUCUAUGAAAGAUAGGAAGAGAGCAUUGGAGCAUCGGGAGAGGGAGAGGCAGGUGCUAUCUAAACAUCGGAAGAAGGAGAGAGAGUUGAUCAAGGAAGGGAAGAAGGAGAAGGCGUGGUUCUUGAAGAAAGCAGAUCUGAAGAAAGAGGCUCUAAAAGAGAAAUAUGAAUCGAUGGGAGCCAAGGAGAGGCAGAGAGGCAUUGAGAGGCGGAGGAAGAAAGUUGCUUCUAAGGAAAAAAGGGAGAUGCCUAGGAGUAGAAGGGUGGUUGAGUGA